AACCACAUCCACAUGUGGUUUGCUCCUAUAUCGCACCAAAUUAUGCCGUUUUAAGAGAGCUAUGAUCACCAGAAUUAGUCCUCUAAAUUAAGACAGCUGCAGAAAACAGUACUCUUUUGACUAUGCAUAUAUUUCACCCAAUUAGGUGCAUCAUUAUUCAUUGCUCACAUAAUUGUUGGAUACAAUCAUACAAUAUGCACGCAUUUAGUACAUUUACAUCAAUUUUGUGUUCAGCCAACUUAAUCUGUUAAUCAUUAUAUCUUCUUAGGAAAUAUGAGAACUCUUCAAAUCUCUCAAACAUUGAAAUUCGUUGAUCAUUUUACUGAGAGGGUUAGUGAUGUAAGAAAGUAUACAAGAAUUACAUCGUUUAUGGUAGUUUGUUUCAUAUCAUUGCCUGUUUUUGUUUUGUUGUUUAAGAACUCAAAGAUUCAUCUUUUCGAGACGCCGGUUGACAGUUCUACAAAAUCUUUGGAGGAGAAUGCACAAAACAUCUCAUCUGAGCUCUUGGAAGGAAUUUCACAGGAUGUUACACCAUUUCUUGUAGGGGAAUACAACAAUUCAUCAAAACCAACUAAUACUAGUAGCAUCCCUAUUAAUGAUCAACAAAAAUUGGUUGAUGAGCUCGUAGCUUCUGGAUUUGAUAAAGAAUCAUGCAUAAGCAGGUACCAAUACUCUUCAUACCACAAAAACAAACCAUAUAAACCAUCUCCUUAUUUGAUAACUAAAUUACGAAGCUACGAAGAACUCCAUGCUCAGUGCGGUCCUCAAUCAUCGUCCUACAGACGUUCCAUACAUAAGCUCUCAAGAUCACAUUACAUGAAUGAUAGUGAGACCACAUCAUGCAAGUACCUAGUUUGGACUCCUGCCAAUGGUUUAGGGAAUAGAAUGGUUAGUAUGGCAUCGGCUUUCUUGUAUUCCCUUCUUCAAAAUCGAGUUUUCCUCGUUGAGUUUGAGGCCGAAAUGGAUGACCUCUUUUGUGAACCAUUUCCUAAUUCAACAUGGCUAUUACCAAAAAAUUUCCCACAUAAAAACCAUUGGAGUCAACUACCAAGUUUCAAAAACAGGGUAAAUUCAGGGGAGGGUAAGUUUAUUCCUUCAUUUUUUCACCUUGAUCUACAACAUGGACAUGGUGAUGAUAAUCUUCGGCACUUCCAUUGCACUAAAAUUCUUUCGAGUUUAGAAAAAAUCCCGGUUUUAAUCCUACUAUCGGACCAAUAUUUCGUUCCUUCCUUGUUUAUAUCAUCCUUUAAGGAAGAACUAAACAGAAUGUUUCCAGAGAAAGAUGCAGUUUUUCACCACUUGGGUCAUUACCUUUUCAACCCUUCUAAUGAAGCUUGGGGACUAAUUACAAGGUUUUAUCAAGCUUACUUAGCCAAAGCAGAUGAAAAAAUUGGAUUGCAAAUUAGGGUAUUUGACCAUCAACAAGUUCCGUCCCAAAAUAUAAUGUCACAAAUUUUAGCAUGCACCCAAAACUAUAACAUACUGCCUUCAUUUGAUGAUACAAAAAAAUCUUUGUAUUCUCCAUUGCGAAACUCAACCUCAAAAUCAAAGGCUGUUCUAGUUGCAUCGUUAUAUCCCGAGUAUGCGGAAGGAUUGAGGAGUAUGUACUGGACAAGGCCAACAAUGAAUGGAGAUAUGGUCGGAGUUUAUCAGCCAAGCCAUGAAGAGUUGCAGAAAUUUGGUGACAAUGUGCAUAAUAUGAAGGCAUGGGCUGAAAUUUAUCUUCUAAGUUUGUGUGAUGUGUUAGUGACUAGCCCUCAGUCCACUUUUGGGUAUGUUGCCCAAAGUUUAGGGGGAUUAAAACCAUGGAUUAUGGUUGGAUUAGGGAGAAAAGAGUUCCAAGAUUCCCCAUGCAAACAAGGUUUUUCUAUGGAGCCGUGUUUUCAUAUUCCUCCACAAUAUGAUUGUGAGGGUAAGAACAAGAUUAAUAAUUUUACUAAUCUUUAUGCUCAUUUAAACACUUGUGAGGAUGUGUGGUGGGGAGUUAAGUUAGUUGAGAUGCAUGAAUUAAACUGAAUUAUGGUAUGUAUAUAACACAUUUUUUUUAUUUGGUAUGUAUGUAGUAUAUAUGUUUCUACGCUUGGGCGAUUAAAGAACAGUAGGUAAAUAGCACUAUUAUGCUAGCCCGAGCAGCAGGUGAUGGUCUAGUGAUAUUAACAUUACCUCUGAUCUUAGGGGUUCCGAAGAUUGCUAUUUACCUAUUAUGUGGAUUAGGAGUAUUAAAAAGGUGAGUUGAGUUGAAGUUGAUA